AGGACUAAACAUGCCGGCCUGGAUACUCAAAUAGGGCCGGUCUUCUGGACACCGCCCCUUUAGUUCUCACAGGUCUAACCGGAAGGACAGGAGGUGCCGUUUCUUGAAGGAAGAGUCGUAAGAUCGUCCAUGAAGACAUGAAGGAGAGGAACUUGUACAUUUUUUCUUGCCUCGUUAUUGGUCUCGGGAUAUGGACGACUCAAGUGGAUGGACAAACCACUCCAAACUGUGUGCCACCCUGUGCCAACGGCGGGGUGUGCGGGGCGGGCGACAUUUGCGCAUGCGCAGCGGGCUUCUAUGGCCCGGCGUGUGCACAGGCGUGCGCAUGCGUGAACGCGGCGAGCUGUGACGCAAUUCUAGGGUCCUGUACUGCCUGUGACGCGGGAUGGAUCGGGAUGGAUUGUAACAUGCGUUGUCCGGCCAAUUUCUUCGGUGCCAACUGUCGGUCGAGAUGUACUUGCAUUAAUAACGGCGUCUGUAACCCGGAGACCGGGGCCUGCGACUGUCCCGCCGGCUUUACGGGCACCAACUGCGAGACCCCGUGUCCCACCGGCUUCUUCGGCAAGAACUGCGACCAGGAAUGCCCAGUCUGUCACCCCUCGGCCGUGUGUGACUCCGUGACAGGCGUGUGCCUGUGCCCGGCCGGCUUUGGAGGCGCGAACUGCGACCAGCCGUGUGACGGUACCGGUACCUGGGGCCAGAACUGCAAGGAGACGUGCCUGUGUCAGAACGGCGGACUGUGUGCCCCCACUGACGGGACCUGCACCUGUCCGGCCGGGUAUACAGGCACCAACUGUGAGAACCAGUGUACAGCAGGUACGUGGGGAGUGAACUGUGGGCAGGUGUGCGGAGCGUGUCUGAAUGGCGGCACGUGCUCCCACGUCACGGGCGUGUGUACGUGCGUCCCGGGCUUCACGGGAACCGACUGUGGGACGCAGUGCCCAGCAAACACCUGGGGCGAUGACUGCCGGUUCACUUGCGACUGUCAGAACGGCGCCGUCUGCAACAGGGAAACCGGCUGCGCGUGCACCGAUGGGUGGACGGGGGCCCGCUGCGACGACCCCUGCCGGCAGAACUUCUACGGUGCGAACUGCAUCAACCAGUGCACCUGCUACAACGGCGGCAUCUGUGACCGGUUCAACGGCGUGUGCAUGUGCACGGCAGGCUGGGUCGGGGCCUCCUGCAGCGAACCCUGCCCGAUAGGCUACUAUGGCACCAGGUGUGACAAGGAGUGCGUGUGUCAAAAUAGCGGCGCCUGUGACCACAUCACCGGAGCCUGCACGUGCCUAGCAGGGUACGAGGGCGACUAUUGCGAACGAGCGCCGUGCUCUUGUGAGAACGGCGGCCAGUGUGUGAACGAUAGGUGUCAGUGUCUGCCCGGGUGGACGGGGGAGAGGUGCCAGUCGAAGUGUCCCGCGGGAUUCUUCGGGCAGAACUGUGACCGAGAAUGCACAUGUCAAAAUGGCGGUACAUGCGACCACGUCACGGGCAUAUGCGCAUGCGUGGAUGGAUUUUCAGGAGUCAAUUGUGAAAUACGAGAAGGCUGUGACUGCGUCAAUGGCGAGUGUGCUUCAGACGGGACCUGCACGUGCCAGGGGGGCUGGGGAGGGUCCAGGUGUAACACCAGACUCUGUUCCUGCGUCCACGGAGAGUGUGGUGCAGACGGCGUCUGCCGUUGCCAGCCGGGGUACACGGGCGCUCUGUGCGACACUCCGAUCGUCCGGCAGUGCGUGCACGGAGAACCCGGGCCCGAUGGUGUCUGUCGGUGCAGGCCUGACUACACCGGAGAGUUCUGUGACACACCGAUGACAGGUUGCGUGUGCUUCAACGGAGGAGAGUGUGGUCCAGACGGAAGGUGUCGCUGCAGACCUGGUUACAGCGGUGAGCAGUGUCAAGUGCUCGUUGUACAGUGCGUGUGCUACAACGGUGGCGAAUGUGGUCCCGACGGAAGAUGCAGAUGUAGACCAGGCUAUGUAGGAAAUCAGUGCGAGACGUCUACUUCGCAACCAUGCGUUUGUUACAACGGUGGUGAAUGCGGGCCGGAUGGUCGGUGUCGCUGUAGACCUGGAUUUGCAGGAACUCGCUGUGAGACUUUCAUAACUGUUCCACCUGCCUGUGUCUGCUACAACGGUGGUGAGUGCGGACCAGACGGAAGGUGUCGCUGUCCCCCCGGGUAUACAGGAACGCAGUGUGAGACUGUGGCGCCGCGAGUGUGUGUCUGCUACAACGGCGGGGAGUGCGGGCCGGACGGAAGGUGUCGUUGUAGACCAGGCUUCACAGGCACUCGAUGUGAAACAGCCACCACGCCACCAUGCGUCUGUUACAACGGUGGCGAGUGUGGACCCGACGGAAGAUGUCGCUGCAGAGACGGAUUUGGAGGCUCUCAGUGCGAGAUUGUUCUACCUCCACCGUGCGUGUGCUACAACGGUGGCGAGUGCGGCCCAGAUGGAAGGUGUCGCUGUCCACCUCAGUUCACAGGACCACAAUGCGAAACGCCUGUCACUCAACCAUGUGUCUGCUACAACGGUGGCGAGUGCGGACCAGACGGAAGGUGUCGCUGUCCACCUCAGUUCACAGGACCACAAUGCGAAACGCCUGUCACUCAACCAUGUGUCUGCUACAACGGUGGCGAGUGCGGACCAGACGGAAAGUGUCGUUGUCCACCUCAGUUCACAGGACCACAAUGCGAAACGCCUGUCACUCAACCAUGUGUCUGCUACAACGGUGGCGAGUGCGGACCAGACGGAAGGUGUCGCUGUCCACCUCAGUUCACAGGACCACGAUGCGAAACGCCUGUCACCCAACCAUGUGUCUGCUACAACGGUGGCGAGUGCGGACCAGACGGAAGGUGUCGCUGUCCACCUCAGUUCACAGGACCACAAUGCGAAACGCCUGUCACUCAACCAUGUGUCUGCUACAACGGUGGCGAGUGCGGACCAGACGGAAGGUGUCGCUGUCCCCCCGGGUAUACAGGAACGCAGUGUGAGACUGUGGCACCGCGAGGGUGUGUCUGCUACAACGGUGGCGAGUGCGGACCAGAUGGUCAAUGCCGCUGCCCACCCGGCUUCACAGGACCGCAGUGUGAAAGUAGACUCACCUGUGACUGUGUCAACGGCGGAGAAUGUGGACCGGACGGACGUUGUCGGUGUCCCGAAGGUUUCACAGGAGCUAGGUGUGAGAACCGCGCAUGCGCGUGUCAGAACGGAGGCAGCUGUGACGAAGCAGGUCGAUGUCUGUGUCCGGCGAUCUGGGCGGGCACGAACUGCGACCGCUGCCGCUGCCAACAUGGCGGCACCUGCGGAGCGGAUGGAAACUGUGUUUGCACAACAGAGUGGACAGGCAGCUUCUGUCAGGAGGAGAGGCCCACAAGGUGCAGCCAGGCGACAUGUAUCAAUGGUGAAUGUGGGUUUGAUGGCACGUGCCGCUGUCUGCCGGGAUGGAUGGGAGAGAGGUGUGACCAGCCAUCCGGGUUCAAGAGCCUACAGGAGCUAGAGGGUAAGGAGAUAUCGUGCAGCAGUACUCGGAGCUACAAGGCUGCCAAUCUUCAAGUGUACGAGUGUGUGGAUGUCAUGGCCGGUGGGAAACGGUUAGCAAAUGGAGUGACGUGCAGCCGUGACUGGACCGGGCGUAUAGCUAAGCCCAAACAGAGGAACUUCGACCAGAAGACUGAUGUUCAGAGUUUCUGCAAGACACUGUUUGAAGACGACAACCUGAUAUUCCAGAUGGUUCUGGCGAAGUACGGGUGUGAGCAGACCAAGGACAUCCGUGUCCAGUGGUUCGAGGACGGCUGGACUUCCGGUGUCGAGGACAAUGGGUACAUCCAGUCCCUCCGCUGCGUGUUCCGUCCGAAGGACGUCAGAAUGACCAGGAGAAAACAAAUCACCGCAAGGAAAACUAUAAUCCAAGGGUGAAGCCGAGGGAGAUGACUGGAACAGUUCCACUUCGCGUCUGGUCAACAAGAAGGUUAGAAGCAGAUCCACAACCGUGCAGCUCUUGUCCGCUGUCUCUUUUGCUCAUAUAACUAUGAUUUAAGGUGCUAUCAAUAACUUGGAAAAGAUAAUAGCAACGUUACUUAUUUGGUUGCAUGUGUUAAACUAAGUAUUAAAGUCUAGGUAUUAAAGACCAAACAUUUUUUCGAUGUAAUCACUAUACUUUUAUUUUCACAAUUUAUCAUUGUUUGUCUUCAAGUUUUCAUCCAAUGCAGUGCCAGCUUCACUUCUUGAAGUUCACUAUAAGUAAAACCAAAUUUGUGAUAAAUGAUUCAGAUUAUGAUUAACAUUAAGGUUAUAGACACUAGUACUUAGUAGGUAGUUUCAAACAGCAAAGUUUUGGGUAGUUUGACAUCGCUUCUUAUUCCAUAUCAUUCCAAACACCUAUUUAUCAUUUAAUAAUCCAAGUUAGAACAUACCUCGUGAUAGCUACAUGUAUAUCUAUACACUUCAAAAGAAGCCUGAUGCAAUAAGACCCUUUUUGGUGUCUUUGGUGAAAUUCGGAAUACAGCAGUAUGUUUAUGUACUAAUCUGCAGUUAUCCAGCGAGUAUAUAAAACGUACGUAACAAUUACUGGCUACCUGAUAUAUCCGACAAGUGUGCCUCUCAUGUGUGAGGGGUUUGAACUUUGUCCUCAAAUGUCUGAUCCCUGAAGUUUAUACAAUUGAUAUGUGCUUACGAUGCCUGGACACAAUUAAAGACAUGAAUCAAA